AAAGAAGCGUGCCUUGCGCAGUAGCCGUGCGCGCUAGUGAUUGCAAAAUGCCGUCGGAGUCUAAACCUUUGUUGACAACUCAACCUGAGAAACCAAAUCAUUACUCAUAUUUGAAAGAAUUUCGCGUCGAGCAAUGCCCGCUCUUCUUACAACACAAAUGUACACAGCAUCGUCCCUUCACCUGUUUUCACUGGCAUUUUAUGAACCAAAGACGAAGAAGGCCCGUACGAAGACGAGAUGGGACCUUUAAUUACAGUGCAGAUAAUUAUUGUACUAAAUACGACGAAACAACUGGCAUUUGUCCGGACGGAGACGAUUGCCCAUAUCUUCAUCGCACAGCUGGUGAUACAGAGAGAAGGUACCAUUUAAGAUAUUACAAGACAUGUAUGUGCGUGCAUGACACAGAUUCACGAGGUUACUGUGUUAAAAAUGGUUUACAUUGUGCAUUUGCUCAUGGUAUAAAUGACCACAGACCUCCUGUUUAUGACAUAAAGGAAAUUCAAGCACUUGAGGUUGCUGAAACAGAAGGUACCAAUGCAAAUGGCCCAAAUGCUUUAGAUAAAGAACGAAAUUUAAUGAAUGAAGAUCCAAAAUGGCAAGAUACAAAUUAUGUAUUAGCAAAUUACAAAACAGAGCCAUGUAAAAGACCUCCUAGACUUUGUAGACAAGGGUAUGCCUGCCCCCAGUAUCACAAUAAUAAAGACAAAAGACGAAGUCCUCGGAAAUUUAAAUAUCGAUCAACACCUUGCCCAAAUGUCAAGCACGGAGAAGAGUGGGGUGAGCCAGCUAACUGUGAUUCUGGGGAUUUAUGUUCAUAUUGUCACACAAGGACCGAACAACAGUUUCACCCUGAAAUUUACAAAAGCACCAAAUGUAACGACGUGCAGCAGUCAGGGUAUUGUCCUAGAGGAGUUUUUUGUGCUUUUGCACAUGUGGAACAGGAGAUGGGGUUGACUCGGGACAGUGUUCCUUUAGAUACUGGUACAAAUUUAGCAGAUAUCUUAUCUAAUGCUCUGCCGCCCUUAACACAUGACAAAAAGGACAAAAGUAGUGAUAGUUCUAAUGGUAGUGGCGAGGCAUCUGAAUCAGCUUCGACUACAUCUGUAGGUUCCAAUGGCAGUUCUCACAAUAAAGCCCCCGGUUCCCAAUUAACUCACAAACCUAUUCCAUAUGGUAGACCUACAACUACAAUAGGCACAUUAGAAUUAACAAAACAACUAUUGGCGAUCGACAAUGAUCCAACGUUAGUUUCCCUUUUAGAUGCGAUAGAACGAGAGCAAAAGAAGCAAAAUUUGUGCUUAGCUUACAGUGGGAUAGGGCCCCCAGUGUCCUUCUUCAGUACUGGGAACGACACUGUUGAAAGUGUUGUAGGUAACGCUUUAGAUGAGUUACAGUUAGAAGAUCCAUUAAAUUUAACUUCAUUAGAACGUGAAUUGGAAUCUGAAUCUCCAUCGGUGUCAAAUUCUAUAUCGGUCGGUCUGGCAUCUUCAGCUGGUCUGUUAGGCAGCUCGGCCCCUGUAAACAUUCCGGGCGCUUCAAGGUCCGCACUGACCUCAUUCAGCCCGACCAGUAACAGUCCAUUACAGUUGCAAUCCAGUUUUCUAUCUGCUGCCAGAUUCUCGCAGUCUGAACAGAUUGAUCAUUACCUUAAUCAUUCUCAAAUUCCUCUCAGUAGUAGUGGCACUUCAAAGAUGAAUUCGUUUUCGAAUUUCUUCGAUUUCCCGCCUGCACAGAGUAGCAUUUCACCUACAACGCGCAACCACAAUAACUUUAGCAGCAUUUCGCCGAGUCUGAGCAAUAAUUUAGAAGUAGUACGUUUACGUGAAGAAUUACAUAGUUCUCGAAUACAGAUCUCUAACUGGGAAGAACGUCUUGCGCAAGCGCGAACAGCAUGCGAAGCAUGGCAACGGGAAACAGAAGAGGCGAACCGUAAAGUUCAGAUAACUGAGUCCAAAUUGAAUGAUACCCUGACACAGUAUAACGCCCUUCAACAAGAAUACGAGAAGAUUCAGGGUGGACCGCAUUUACACAGUAUUAAAAAGGUGUCGGAGCUUAGCAAGCUCUCUUUAAGCGAGCUCAAGAGCAUCCAUGCACUUUUAAGACAGGAUGUUGAAGAAAUAGAGAAGGUGUUGUAUCGCGAGACAGCAUCGAAAUGUAUGGUAUGUGAGGAAAGGAACAGGACAGUUACGUUGAAUUGCAACCACUUCGUGCUGUGCAACACGUGCGCCUUGACCCAGUCUGAGUGCCCGUACUGUCAGACUCCGAUCAACUUGAGUAAUAACAUCUGAAAUUAAUUUUUCUAGGCGGGUAUGCGACGUUUCUGCGUUUUUGUUUGUUUUUUUUUUCUCUUUAUUUUCGUUUAUUUUUCGGUCAUAUUUCUGUUUUUGUUUUCGUUUUGAGGGAUUAAAAGGGUUUGAUUCUGGGAAAGUACAAUUUUUUUCUGUGAACUGAUAUUGUUACGAUUCACAUCACAGCUUAAGGCUUUACAAUGAUUUUGUUUUAGUUUAUUUCGUAAAUAAUAUACGAUCGAUUACAAUUUUUUUCUGACAUUAAUUUGCAUCACUUUUGAGCUUAAAUUUGAAUCAGACGUAAGAAUUAUAUUUAUCCUGUAAAUCACCUAAAAAUGACGUCAUAUUAAUGAAUCAUUGAUUAUAUAUACAGUUAUGUUCUGAUAAAUCUAGUUUUAAAGUGUUAUGGAUUAGUUUUUAAACAUAUAUUAUUUUCUGACAAAUUGAGAUUGAAAUAGUAAUGAAAAUGUAGACUGCACGUUAUGGUUGUAUUAUUGAUAUUAUCUUCUUUUCUUUCCAAAAGUUAAAAAUUUUUUUCGAUCUGAACAAAAACGCAGCAACGUUUGCAUACUUUUAACAAAUUUUAACGAAUUGUCUAAGUAGGUUUUUUCAAAUGUAAUAAUUGCAUAACUAGUUCGCUAAAGAAUUGGUUAAACUCAUUUUUUUUUUUGAUUAAGUUUUUGCAUGGCAUUUAUUAUAAAGCCCUGUAUGUAUUCGUCUUUUAGAGCAGAAAGACAUUGCAUUGAGGUCGAUUAAUAAAAACACUUCAUGGGAACAAAAAAUCUAAUCUGUGCUGCACGCAAGAAAUAUACAAGUAUUGAACGUUUAUUAAGUUUUUCUUGUAACGUAAAAAUUAAUGAUAAAUAUAAAUAACAUUAUGUGAUAUUCUCCACAUUUUCUUUUGGACUGUCUUAAUUUUAAACUGAUUAAAAGUUAUUGUAUUGUGCAGCAUGCUAUUACGCGUAUUAUAUAUUUUUUAAACAUUAGUUGUUAAGAAAUUUCAUGCUAAUGUAACUUUAACUCCAAGACUUUAUUUUAAUGUUGUUUGUUUUUAUAUUCAUAGAAGACGAAACAAUUUAAGGUAACGCUGAAUUUACAAUAAUUGACGUUAUUUUGAAACUGGAGUCACUUCUUAAAUUUUUAUAACUGCAGUUUUGUGAAACAAAAUUGAUGAAAGUUUUUGUCUUGUCCAAAAUAUGAAUUGCGUAAGAAAAAUAAAAAAAAAAAUGCAAUGUCUGUUAUGAAAAAUUUUCUGAAACUAUUUUCUAUACUGACGAGUUGGAAAUGUUGUCUUUUUACAAUCUAAUAUACUAGAUUAGGUAGGUAGAAUAAUUAAUAAUUAAAUUAUAAUAAUUGUAACAUUUUAGUAGGUGGGUCU